AUGCCCUACGAUCGUUUAGUCCAAGUUGGCCGUGUUGCUUACGUUGCCUUUGGUCCAGAAACGGGCAAAAUUUGUUGUAUUACAAAUAUUAUCGAUCAGACACGAGUACUUGUCGAUGGUCCAUCAUCCCAUGUAUCUCGUCAAGCAUUAAACAUUAAAUCUUUACAUUUAACAAAAUAUGUUCUCAAACUUUUACCUGGAGCUCGUUCAAAAACAGUUAAAAAACUUUGGGAUAGUCAUGAUAUUAAUAAAAAAUGGCAAGAAUCCCGUUGGUGUAAAAAAAUACAAGCAAAACAUUUACGUUCUAAAAUGACGGAUUUCGAUCGAUACAAACUGGUACAUGCUAAACAAGCUUUCAAUCGUAUUGUCAAUCAUGAAUACAAUCGUUUGAAGAAGAAGAAUAAAGUUCAAUUAGCAAAGAAAGCUAAGAAAGUUAAACCAAGAAAAUUCGUUGCUAAAUCUCAACGCAUUGCCAACAAAUUCAAAAUAUUUGCUGCUGCACCAGCUGCUGGUAAAAAGAAAUAA